UGUCAUGAGUUAUGUUUGUUUCUAUAUUCUAUUAAGAAUCCAUUACUAGUACGCAACCUUUUUCAUCAUAUAGUCGAUCUAUAAAUACAGCAUUGGGGACACCCACUUUAUUUGUGCAUUGCAUAAACUUGUUGUAUCAAUAACUAAGCUUAAGGAAACAAUGGCAUCGAUGGAACAAGCUCAUGGCUCGAACCAAUUAUCUGACAAGGAGAAAACCGCAAUCGGAGAGGCAAUGAAGGAGGCAGAGUCGUUAAUCUUGGCCAAAAACAAGAAUGCAAAGGCGACGUCGAAUCAAGAUGAACAAGUUGUUUUUGUCACAGGAUUUAUGAAGAAUAUCUGUUCCAAAGACAUGUACAUAACAAAAACAUCUAUCUUUGAUGGAGAAAGGGAAUUCAUGGAUCCCCCAGCAAAGAGAAUUUUAGGUUAUCGAGCUGGUAUGUUUGUGCACAUGAGUCUCCCUCUGUCGCACAGCAAGGGAGCCAUUAUAUAUGAUCAUGCCCCUAACGGGUCAGAUCCUGAUCUUGGAUGGCUCUUGGCUUGGGACAAGUCCAAUGAUUUUAACAAGGUGUAUGUAGAAGCUGGGACUCUAGACAGGAUCAAUAAAAUACCGGACAGCGUAAUUACACAAAAACUAGCGGUAUCGGGUAACAUAAGUCGUUUCUGGGAUAGCGAGACGGGUGCUUCAGUCGCUGCUGAAAUUAAGAAGUGGGAUAGUUCCAUGUCUUUGCUUGUUGUCACCUUUGAUCAGGUCAUGUGAAUUCCUCCACGAACUCACGGUCGCAGUUAAAAAAGGCCAGUGCCAUCAUUACCGUCGUAUCUGUAUCAACAAGGGAAAACUAAGACGUGAUUAAUUAAAUAAUCUGCUUUCUACAUUAAGCAGCUAUAUAUAUACUUGUUCUGUUCUUAUUUAUAUGACACAAUUGAGUUUUUGACACUA